UAAAGAAGAUGUGUAACUUAGCUCUAAGAUAAUAAGCUCAAGUUCACUUCUCACCUGAACGAGUUAUCAGCAGUCGUUUGCGAGCGUUAUACGAGUAAGGUCCGAAUCGAAGCAUGGAAAAGCCGCAGGUCAGAACCCAAGUAAUGGCUGGGUUGUCAGCUACCAUGGCGAUGGGCAGUACAGGCUACCAUUACGGCUGGUCAUCGCCAUCUCUCCCAAAACUCCAGGCAAACGACUCUGACAUUUUUUUAACGUCGGACGAGGGCUCGUGGGUGGUCAGUUUUUUCGUCGUCGGCACCAUGUUUGGACCACUGAUAGCCGCUUUGCUCGUGGAUACCCUGGGUAGGAAAUGGUCACUUCUAAUGACCGCCGUUCCCCACACCGUAGCUGGGAUUCUACUCGCCGCAGCGCGAAGUUACUGGUGGUUCAUCAUCGCGAGGUGUAUCGCCGGCGUCGGUAGCGGCAUGACGUACAUAGUGCUACCGAUGUAUUUAGGGGAGAUAAUUAACGACGAUAUCCGAGGAGCCGUAGGAGCGGUGGUAAGUCAAAUGAUGAACGCUGGAAUUUUGUUAACCUAUUGCGUAGGGCCUUGGGUGAAUAGGAUGGGUCUCGCAGGGCUAGGGAUAGCGUUGCCGAUCUGCUUUUCCUCGAUAUUCGUCUGGAUGCCGGAGUCGCCGUAUUUUUUGAUGAUGAAAAAGCGAACGGAACGUGCGACGGAAAGCUUGCGGUGGCUUAGAGGGACGAAAGACGUUAGCGGUGAGAUAGCGAAGAUCGAAAGGAGCAUAGAAUUCGACCGGCAAAACGCGGGAACGUUCAGGGAUCUGCUGACGGUGGCGGGAAAUCGUAAGGCACUGGCUAUCAUCGUGGGUGUAGUCAUAGCCCAGCAGGCGAGCGGCAUAGGAGCGGUCCUCGCGUACAAUGGUCUGAUCUUCCGGGCAGCCGGAUCAAAUUUGGACCCGAGCAUCGACGUUAUCAUUGUCGGCCUGGUACAGGUCCUGAGUGGGAUACUGUGCGUAUUCACUGUAGAUUUGACGGGAAGGAAACCGUUGCUACUGGGUUCCACUUUCGGAUCGAUCGUGUUUUUGGGAGGAGUGGCUCUCUAUUUCCAAUUAGACGUCGCGGGGAUAAACGUUGAUUCGAUUUCAUGGCUCGUCCUGGCCAGCAUGGUUGGAUAUAUAAUCACCUAUUCGAUUGGCUUGGGUACGCUCGUGUUCGUUAUGCUUUCUGAGCUUUUCGCGUACAAUGUAAAAGCAGCGGCGGGUAUGACGACCGCAACUUUGGGCGCCGUGUGUGAAAUCGCCGUUGCAAAGCUCUACCAAGUGGUCGCCGACGCCUGGGGAAUCCAAGCUUCGUUUUGGGGAUUCGCAGGAAUCACUGUCUUCUCGGCGAUGUUCAUCACCCUCUUCGUCCCCGAGACGAAACUGAAAUCCCUCCAGGCGAUCCAGGAACAAUUUCACAAGCCUUGAAUCACGACUCCAGCGACGGUAGAGUGACCGUCGUUUCCAUUUAGGAUCUUAAAGUGUCUUUGUCACCCACUCGACACUGAAUCGUCGAACUCAACAGCUAAAAAAUCUCAUUAUUUACUUUAUUUCUUUUUUUUUUUUUUUUUUAAUACCCCUAGAGCUUGAUCAAGACCGAGCUUAUUUUAACCCCAAGUUUUGAGCGAAGCUUCAAGGAGGCGGAACUUGCGAAAAGCUUUGCGUUUUUGCGCGUUACAAUAUUUGCCGACUUAUAGGCCAACACCCUCUGAGCUUUCGAUAUAUUUUUGACGUCGCGUACGAUUGUUACUUAAAUUUUUAUUCGACUCUGAUGAAAGUUUCAAGUUUGACGUUUCUCCUCGUAAUUUUGGGAUCGACUAAUCAUACAGUGGCCGAUGCCUAUCCCCAUCAAGGUAAUAACGUACCUUAGAACUUUCUCUUCCGUGUAAAUAAUUGAAAAGCAAAACCUCGGGAAAUUUGUCAUUAGGAAAUUAUUAAUGGGUCCUAAUAAUGCAGUGUUCGAAAAUUUAUAGUGCGAAAAUAUGAGGUAGUACGUACAGCGGGAACAAUUUCAGAAUUACGUUGGACUAUAAUAUGAGAAAGUGAGAUGAAAACUGCCCAACUAAAAGCAUAUAUCAACGGCUUGUAAAGAAUAUUUUCAGAAUUUUACGAACUCACGGGCGCUAAGUUCACCUCGAACUUACACCUACUUCCCCUCCAAUUUCUCAAAUAUUAUCAUAAUUUAACAUAAAAAUGUUUUUCCUCGAAAGUUAUCGAAUAAUAUUACACAGAUUCAUUUGGAUUACCCACGCGUCAAUGAGUCUGAAUUGAACCGAUGUCAUAUUGAUUUUUUUAUUUUUAACCAACCGACGAAAUUCUACCUACAAUACCAAAUUUUCGCUCACAAUCAGCGAUUUGUUACACUCGAAUUAAUAAUUCACAUGUUCUGCGUAACAUCGAGAAAUAAAAUAUUAAUUUUUUGGUGGUGGUUUCGAGACGGUGACCUUGUAGAAAUUAAUUUUCGUUCAUUAAAUAUCCUCAUUACACAUAAAGCAGAAAUAACUCGAAAUAAUUACGACGAUGAAAUUUUCCGCGUAAUGUAUCUCCGGUUGGGGGUUAAUUUAAAAAAUUUCAAAUUCAUUAGCGAGAAUUACGAUGAAGCAGCUCUUUACGUAACGAGCUGUGAACAAUGCGAAGUAAAUGUUACGAGCCGUUUAAUUCACCAUACACCUUGGUGAAUAUAGAGGAAUUAUUUUAGUAAUCGAGAAUAAUUUUCAACUGCAUGAAAUGAGAGGCCUAACGCGUAUUGCGAUUUUUAAUCUUUUUUUUCUUCCUGAUUAUAAAUUUUUUCAAUUUUUUUUCUCUCCUGUCUUGACCUCUGUGCGAUUUUAUAGUCGGUAAUAAAAAUCUGAACUAUCACAAGGGGGGGUAGCAGCUGGGGUAUUGUCCACAUUGAAUCAGAGGGUAUUUUUUAAUAUCCGAGAAUAUCGGUUAUCCAUGAGUUACGAACGAUGACGUAUCUCGCACUUUAUGCCAAACAUAGUUGGCAACGCGAUAACAAUUUGUUAUUUCAUGAGUUAUCGUUUUCAGAAAAUUAUUGCACACGACGAACGUAUCCGAUUUUUACUUUUUUUUUUUUUUUUUUUUUAAUUGACGAAGGUGACGUGAAUCGAUUCAUUUUUAUCUCACCACUAUUGUUCAAUAAUCUGUCGAAAUAUGAUUUUCUUCAGUUUUGCUCCACCGUUCAUUUGUGAAAGGUUGAAUAACUAAUACACUCACUUAAGUGGAACAGUUUUCCGCAGUAGCGAGCAUAAAGUUUGGGCAAUAGACGGUAUUUGAGAUUCCGGCUCAUUUACCAAAUGCGAGGAUUAUGCUAAGGAGGAAUUAAAUAAGAAGGGGAAGGCUGAAUCGAAAGAACAUUCAAACGAGAUCAGAUAUCACCCUGACUCGGUUGUCCGUGAAAAUGAUUCGUUGAUCAUUAAAAAUGGUAAAAAUAUUAAAUGAUGAAAAUUUACGAUCAUGCUAUCUCGUAGAAUCCUCUGGCUCGAUCAUAUCCCUGGUGGAUCCCGAAGUCUGUCAUCAGGAUUAGUAUAACUAAUAAUUAAUCGUUAACGUCUAGGCGUUAAGGGAUAUUAGUAACCGCGGCGUCGGUUUACUUUUGUAUCGUUGGAGGCAACGGUCUAACGCGCAUCGAAUGGGGAUAGUUUCGCCGAUAACCUUGAAAACUUUGUACAGGUAUAAUUAUGGUCAUCACUGUCUAGACCACACGGGACAGAUUCUAUUAAACUAGAAAUACGCUUCGGAAGAUGGUGUAGGUGAGAUUGGGUAUUAAAGUGCGAGACAAAGUUCGGGGUUCACGGUUUGCGGCUGACUUCGAGAUGUUUGGAUUACUUAUUUCGUCUUCUCGGUACCAAGGCGAAACGAUACCACUUCUGGCUCUUUCCGCUGUCUCUCUAUGUCAGCGAGUCAGGAAACCGCUUCGCUGGUAAGUAAAAGGGUCUCGAAUUACCUGCCAUUUCACCGUGUCGGCUCGCUUUUUGCGAACCUUUUUGGCAAAUAAGCUUACUUAUUCGGAGAGGUCCUGUAACGCGCGAGAGGCAAAAUUGUAAAACGAACCAACUUCUGAAGUGUAGUUCCGACAAAAAAAAAAUACCGCAGUAUAUUUGUAUAUACGUAUACCCAACUAAAGGCAAUAAAGAUUUUCCAAGUCCUA